AUGUUUUCCCCUUCUACUGCAACACUUGUUUUCUUUUACUUCUUCGCUGAUCUCUUUGCCCUUUUCCCUCCUCCACCCGUAACGAACGUCUUCUCCGAUUUCUUGAGUAGCGCAAAUUGGAACGAUUGCCAGCAGCCGUUUGCAGGCGGCUCAUUCUUCGAUCACGAGGGUCUUCCGUACUGUGAAACCCACUACCAUCAGAAGAGGGGAUCGCUGUGCGCCGGUUGUCACAAACCGAUUGGCGGUCGCUGCAUCACCGCGAUGCUUAAGAAGUUCCAUCCGGAGCAUUUCGUGUGCGCUUUCUGCCUGAAGCAGCUGAACAAGGGCACCUUCAAAGAGCAGAACGAGAAGCCGUACUGCCACCAGUGCUUCGACAAACUCUUCGGCUGA